GUCGAGCAUGUCCCUCAGAAAGGCCCAUCAAUGGAAGUGAAAUGGGCGUCUGACACCGUCCAGACCUCGAGCGCAGCCAUGUCCUGGCGUGUCCGGAACGUCAACCGUAGUAACCUACACUCAUCAUUCGUAGGGACGACUGACCAGUUCUUACAACGUACGAGUGAAAAGCUAUUAUAUAUAUGCGUUCAUUUCAAAAUUGACACCACUUACGCAUUCAGUUGUGCAACAUGGAUCACGGUGACCACGGCGGACACGGUGGACACGAAAUGCCCAGUAUGCCAACGCGAAGGUGUUCGAUGAACAUGUUAUGGUAUGUCCUCAUCAACACCCUUAGAUUCCCUUCCCUCAAUCAAAGACAUUUCAACGACAGGAACACCCAAAUCGAAGACACAUGUAUCGUCUUCCGCUCCUGGCACAUUUCAAGCACAACCGCAUUCGUCUUUUCAUGCCUCAUCGUAGUGGCACUUGGAGUCCUAUACGAAUGGCUCCGCCGAGCGCAGAGUAACCUUGAUGUCAAGAUCGCUGCAAGCUUGAGCGCACAAGGGAAGGGCAAAGGUCGAAGUGGGGUGAGUGGACGAAGCAGCCCUGAAGUCGAUAGUGAAGAGGCGGGUUUGUUGACUGGUUUGCGGGUGGUUAAGGAACAUACUGGAACGACUGUUCCCCUCACUGCUCGGUUAACGCGAGCUUUCUUAUAUGGCUUGACAGUCUUCCUGUCAUUCUUCCUCAUGCUGGUGUUCAUGACAUAUAACGCAUAUCUCAUUCUGGCCGUUGUCGUCGGGGCCGCUAUCGGGCAUUUCGUAUUCAACCCUCAGAUGGACGUGGAAGGUAUCCUAGCAGGAUCAUCCGCUUCCGGAAAGGGUAUGGCUUGUCACUGAGAGGGUUUCUGUAUUAUUUAGAUAUACUGGUCGGAUGGUUUGAUACCUUGUAUCAAUGCUCUCUCGGUUUCUUCAAAGUUGCUUUCAGUAUGAUUACCAUUUAAACAGUCGCGCUAUGUCAGAGCACCAUGCCCAAAAGAUUGCAGAAGAUGACAAUAUUACAUACAAUACAAUCUACACGUAAAGCAGGAAUGUAACGCGCGUAGAGCUCCACCUGCUGCACAUUGUGAGCGAC